UUUACAAUUUUACAUCAGUAAUAUCGAUAAUAAUAAUGUCAAUCGAUAAAUGUCAAAUCCUUAAUGAUGUAUAAUGUCAAUCGAUAAAAGUCGUUUAUGUAAUCUCAGUUUUCGUAAUAAGUUAUUGUUAUUGAAAGCGCGCAAAAGUUAAAGCUGAAAUUUAAGGAGUUGAAUUUGGAAGCGGAUUAAAACCAAAAGGAUAAAAAUGAAACGAUCUAUAAAAAAGUACUCACCCAGAAACGCGACACCGGGGGCUAAAAAUGCAAAACAGCCAAAAUUUCUUUUAGAUACGACUGACAUGAGCGCAUCGAGGAAAAAUGAAAUCGAAUUAACUAUAGAAUCACGUCGCAUAAGCAGUGCACGGCAAAUCAGCGUAUCGAACGAGUACACUAUAGAAUCUCGGCGCGUAAGCGUAGCAGCCACGAUAGAAACUCACGCAGGUUCUCUAGAACCACCACAAAACGUGUACGAAGUGGUGUGCUGCAGUCACUGCUCCACGUUCGAAAAAAAGUUCGAAAAACUUGAGGGCACCAUUAAGGAGCUUCGGCGGGUGGUAGAAUCCCAAAAUGUCGCAAUAAUGGACGCUAUCGCAACUCAGAAGGUGGCAACAGAGCAACUAGUUCGGCAGGAGUCAGAAAAUGCACCAGUUGUAAAAUAUUUUCCAUUAAAUAAUCUGGAAGAACUAGCACAACUAGAAAGCAAACUCUCUGCUGCUAACCGAGAUAUUUUCGAAUCGGCGAUUUCUUCCAUAAUUUGCAACAAUAUGAAAAACGUAUCAUUGGUGCUUAGGACGCAGCUAAUCCAUCAAAUAAAUGUUGAUGGAUCACAUGGAAAAGUAGGACUAAAAAAAUUUCCCAAGAGCUGUUUCCAAAUUGCCCUUCAAAGGAUUAACUCCUGAAGAAAUUAUAAGGCGAACUUUACAGUUUGAAAAGGCAAAGCAGUACAAACGCAUUUAUAGAGAAAAGAAAAAACAAAAUUAAUGUAUUACGUAGAAGCAUGUUUUAACCCCACACUGGGUGAGAAUUUUUAAAACGGCUCACUUUUUUCAGUGAUGUGGAAAUUUAAAAUUUUUAUUUGCAAAUAGCUAGUCCUAAAGGGUUGAUAAAGUGGAAUAUUUUUUGGUUUCUAUGAAUAUUCAUUUGAGAAAAACUAGUUUAUUAAACAGCUUCCUGAACAACUGAUGAGCUUUUUUAAAAUAAUAUAUUUAAGGUCAGUGAAC